AGCUGGAAGACUGUCUCUGGCUCUGCUGAUCUGCCUGAGAGCACCUUCGUGAACUCUGCCUACUGUGUAUACACUCUCCAUCCCUUUGCUGGGCGCACACAGCUGGGAGAAUGUGGACUUUGAACUGCCAGAAUAUCAAAGCAACACCUUAUCUCAUCUGCUGAAAAUGAAAGCGAAAUAACACUUUCUCACAAAGAAAGUUUACACACACAAAAAAAGAAAAAUUACAGCUUGACUUUGAUGCUCUUUUGAUGAAGAGCAGAAAAAGGUACCAUGAAGAUGGGAAUAUUUUCUCUGGGGAAUGAGGAAAACCAAACAGAGGAUCUUAAAAAUGAAAUUAACACCUGGAUGUAUUUCCCUGAACAUACCACACCAUAUAACGAUAUAUCUAAGCCUGAAUUGAAUGACCUUACAAAGCUGUUAGGUGUGCAAGUGAUUCUCAUCUUGGCUUACAGUUCCAUUAUUCUUCUGGGAGUAAUGGGCAAUACGCUUGUCAUCUAUGUAGUCAUCAAGUUUAAAACCAUGAGGACUGUGACAAACUAUUUCAUAGUCAACUUGGCUGUUUCUGACUUAAUGGUAAAUACACUAUGCCUACCGUUCACACUGGUGUACACUCUUCUGGAUGAAUGGAAGUUUGGAACAGUACUUUGCCAUUUGGUUACAUAUGCCCAAGGGCUAGCAGUUCAUGUUUCCACAGUUACGCUUAUGGUUAUUGCUUUGGAUAGACAUCGGUGCAUUGUAUACCAUCUUGAAAGUAAAAUCUCAACAAAAAUUUGCUUUAUGAUUAUAGGCAUCACCUGGGCCUGCAGUGCGUUGCUAGCUAGCCCACUGGCUAUCUUUAAAGAAUACUCGCUUAUUGUAAUCUCAUCUGAUUUUAAAAUUCAAGUAUGUUCCGAGAGAUGGCCAAUAGGACACCUGAACUAUAGCACCAUAUACAGCAUAUCAAUGUUGCUGAUUCAGUAUAUUUUACCACUAGCCAUAAUUUGUUAUGCAUACAUCCGGAUAUGGACAAAAUUAAAGAACCAUGUUAGCCCAGGUGGAGGAAAUGACCAUUAUCAUCAACGGCGACGCAAAACAACCAAGAUGUUGGUGGCUGUUGUAGUAGUGUUUGCUGUCAGUUGGCUCCCUUUUCAUGCCUUUCAGCUAGCAAGUGACAUCGACAGCAACGUUUUGGACUUAAACGAAUAUAAAUUUAUUUACACAAUAUUUCAUGUUAUUGCAAUGUGCUCCACCUUUGCCAACCCUAUACUAUAUGGAUGGAUGAAUAACAAUUACAGAACUGCAUUUCUAACAGCUUUCAAAUGUGAGCAAAGGAUGGACUCUAUACAUCCUGAAGUCUCCGUAGCCUUUCAAAUGAAGAAGAAACAGCUAGAGGUUAAAGAAGUUAAUGGUAGUGGUGACACCUGUCAGGAGACUUGUAUACAGCCUACUAAUGUUUAAUAAAAUAUGUGAUACUCCAACUCAAUUGGUACUUGCUAUUGUUGUGGCUGAUAUAGUAGGUGUAUAUAGCUCUGCUGCUGUGGGCUGCUGUCCUACAACUGGAUGUCAUGGCAAUACACAAAAAUGAUGAAGAUACAAGCCAGGAACAUGAAGUUCACAAAACACAGCAGUAGGGGAAAGGCUUACUUAAAUGGUAAUGGUUAAUUACCAUACAGCCAAUUGAAAGGAAGAAAACAAAAGUUGGGAAAACUACAUCUACAAAUUAUCACCUAUUAAGAGCAAGUUAGCGUUUUGGUUUUACUAGUAGCGAGAUUAACUAUUUAAGUCAAUCCACUAUAGGGUGAAACAUGUCAGCUGACCAAAUUUUGAAUACACAACCAUGACACAAACAAAAAAUUAGCAAAUUUUUUACUCGGCCUGCCCUUUGCUCCUCUAUCUGGCAAAACGCUGUGUUCCUUGUGAUAUCUACUUUUUCUUCAAUAAUAUCCGAAGAUCUAUGUCCUGUUGAUUAACAAGGAUUAUUGAAGAUCCACAACAUUAAGGUGGAUUAGAAAAGAAGACAUUUGUACUGUUACAGUUUGAAGUGCAAAUAAUGAAUUAGACAAGCGCUAAGACUUCAAGAGAUUCCACUUGAGAUGUCACUUGUAAUCCACAAAGGUGUCUGGAAUAAAAUAUUGUCUCUAGCUUCAUACUUUGGAAGGAUUAUUUGAGAUGAAAAUUGCAUGGGAAAGCCAAAGAACAAAUGCAAAAUAUAUUCUGUGGGAUGCAUUAGAGGAACCAUAACAUAAAAUGCUGGUAGUAUAUACAGAUGACAGACAAAGCCAUUGACAUUUACAGUAUUUUGUAAUUUGCAGAAAUUUGGGUCAGGACAGCAAACCCCUCAACCCCAUCUCCACCUAGCUCUUUUGUUAGGUUCCCCAUGACCCUCAUUUAAUCUCUUAUUGCUAGAGGAUUAAGUAAAUAGGUCUGACAAAAUGGAGUGCUGCAUUUGCCAAGCUCUGAGAUGUGUGCAAAUAUGUGUGUUAUUUAGUGAGAAUAUAGCUAUGUUGACCUCUUUAAAUAUAUAUCUGGCUUAUGAUAUAUGCAUCGUAUGUAUGUGUGUGGAUGUGUGUGUGUAUGUGUAUUUUUAUGUGUGGAUAUAUAUAUGUGUGUAAAUUGUAUUCAUAAUGUGGCUAUGCUACUGUAUAUAAAAUGGUAUUAUUUCAACUUGUUUACAUGUAUUUUCUUAAGAACAUGCA